AUGUCUUUGUUCAAGGGAGCACACGACGCUGUUCAUGCAUUCCGCACAGACUCGCAAGGAUCUUCGAUUGAGAGGAGGGAUGAUGGAGUCGCCAACAGCGAUACCAGGUUCGGACAGAUCAACAUCUACAGGAACAAGGUGGAGGACCCGAGCUGGAACGAGACGGAGCUGGAUGAGGCAGGGAACGCUCCUAUCGUGCGAGAUCUCGCCAAGAAGUAUCAGAGCGAAGUAAGCCUUACGCACACGGAGGAGUUGGAGUUCGGCGACAAUUCGACGACGAAGCCCUUCAUGACGGCCAAGGCCUGGCCCGCUCAGCCUCGCAAAGACUUGAGCGCAAAGAGCGUGAAGAGCAUGUUUGGCUAUGGGGCAUGCGAGCGGCACUUUACUGUUGAGAUCUACUCCGACGACUCUGCCAAACGGUGGCAAAGAGACAGCAAACUGAUUUCCUUGACUGUUGAUCCUCGUGCUUUGAAAGAGCAGCCAGUGCUGGAUGAGAACGCGACAACCUGCUACAGGGAAGGGAAGCUUGCUACAUGUCUGAGGGCCCCGGGAGGAGAAUGUUUUCACGUCGGCAACGCAGUGCAGGAGAGGAGAAUGGGGCAGGAAGAAGAGGGAGGCGAAGGGACAAUGGAGAUGACAGAUGACGUGGAGCAGCCUCGAGCCAUUCUUUGCAUGUCUCCCUUCGCUGACAAAAUACAACGCAUAACACUAGGUGUCUCGGAUUUGGGAAGCUCGAUGGAUUUUUGGAUUGGAUUACUUUGCAUGCAAGUCAGGGAUUACACGCCAGAAAGUCGGCGGGUCAUACUGGGAUGGGGGAACGAUGGAGGGGGAGUUUCAUUGGAGCUUAUGGAAGUGGAAGAAAUGAAGAGAAAGAAAAGGAGGAGGAGAGGGAUUCCAACUAUGGACUAUGUUCAAGACGACAGCGAGAUGGCGUACCUGUACGUAUCGUGCAGUCUGGAGCAGUUCAUCUUCUUCAAGACCGUUGUUUCAGCCUGUGUUCAGAAAUCAGGAGGAAACUUUCGAUCCGCGCUCAUUUAUGUCACUCGACCAGAGACGGAAGAAAGGAGGCUGGUAGAAGUGAUGGUCCUGAGAGACCCAGAUGAGCACGAGAUUUGCUUCAUGGCGCAUGAGGACUACUUCGAAGCUUUUAGAAAUGAAGCGUGUGUGGAUAUGGUACUGCUGAUGAUGCUGGGAAUGAUGGAAUUGGUUACGAUCAAAAUGAUGAUUCUGCUGCUGCUGCUGCUGCUGCUGCUGCUGCUGAUUCAUCAUCAUCAUCAUCAUCAUCAUCAUCAUGGCAAGACGGAGGAAGAGGAGGAGAAGAGGGUUGGAAUGGAUGAUGCUGAUGCUGAUGCUGACAUCGACGACAACGACGACGUCUUCUCCAACCUAACACGCAGGUGGGCGAGAGAGAGAGAGAUGGCGAUGCCUGACGACGACGGGCAACCGAGGAGAGGCUAUGGAUUCAGCGACUGCCAGAAAGUUCAAGACUUCUGGGACCAGGGAGUCCCGACAGACAUCAACUUCACUCGAAGUACCUGCAACAUCUCAGACGAUGCCUUCAAGCUGCUCUCCGAGCCCCGACCUACUGCCCCUCCUCGACCCUUGUCGGCUGCCGAGAGGAGACAGGAAGUGGUGGACCGGAGCCUCGCCAAAGAGCUCGCAGAGGAGUCUGAUCAUACUUCCGACGUGUCAUUUGAGGGGCCUCAGCCGAAUGAGGAUUGGAGCGCAAGUGCUGAGCAGGAGGAAGAAGAGAAGGGUGGGGCAGAAGGCUACUUCAACAAGACAGAGUCGAUGUUCAAGAGGGAUCGAGAUCAGUUCUUGCAGCAGAAUGCCAAGUACGACCAGUACAACCAAAGUGGGUUGGUGAGUGAGGAGAUAGAAGUGAACAUGGACGAGGAGAUCAGCGAUUCGUCUGUGCCGGAUGUCAACCAGUUCAAGGACGGGCUGUCAAUGAAUCAAACGGUCGCAGACUUUGACGCGAGUCGUGUGGGGACUAGAGACCACUGGAAAGAUGUGUGGGUCCGCAACGAGUUCUUCACGGAAUCCUACAAGACUGCGAGGAUCCUCGACGUUGGUACAGGGAACGGGAUGAUGCUGAUCGAGCUUGCCAAGUGA